AUGAAGAAUUCCGACGAACAUAGCGGACCUUCAAGUUUCAAAGUGUGGAAAAACGUGGCAUCCUGCAUGGAGAAAUGGUUCGGUGAUAAACGGCUCUGGUUAUUUGGUAAUAACCUGCCUCUACUACCUAGAAGGUCGCGGGCGAGCAGCCGCGCGAUGGAGCGCUACGAGAAGCUCGCGAAGCUGGGCGAGGGCUCGUACGGGCUGGUGUACAAGUGCCGCGACCGGGAGACGGGCGCUCUGGUCGCCGUCAAGAAGUUCCUCGAGAACGACGACGACCCUCUCAUCAGGAAGAUCGCGCUGCGCGAGAUACGCAUGCUCAAGAACCUGAAGCACCCGAAUCUGGUGAACUUGCUGGAGGUGUUCCGGCGCAAGCGCAAGCUGCACCUCGUGUUCGAGUACUGCGACCACACCGUGCUACAUGAGCUCGAAAAGUACCCUUCGGGCUGCCCCGAGCUGCUGUCGAAGCAGAUAAUCUGGCAGACGCUGCAGGGCGUCGCCUACUGCCACCGCCACAACUGCAUCCACCGUGACGUGAAGCCCGAGAACAUUCUGCUCACCGCCGACGGCGUCGUCAAGCUGUGCGACUUCGGCUUCGCCAGGAUGAUCAGCCCCGGCGAGAGCUACACGGACUACGUGGCCACGCGCUGGUACCGCGCCCCGGAGCUGCUGGUGGGCGACACCAUGUACAGCACGCCCGUGGACGUCUGGGCGAUCGGCUGCGUGUUCGCGGAGUUGCUCUCGGGCGAGGCGCUGUGGCCCGGCAAGAGCGACCUGGACCAGCUGCACCUCAUCCGGUGCACCCUGGGCGACCUCCUGCCCCGCCACAUGACCAUCUUCUCGCAGAACACCUUCUUUCAGGGCAUGGCGCUGCCGGAACCCACCCACUUGCAGCUGUUGGAGAAGAAGAUUCCUCAGCGGUACGCGAACAACGAACUCCUGAUGGAUUUUCUUAAACGCUGCCUGGACAAGGACCCAGUGGCGCGGUGGAGCUGCGAGCAGCUGCUCCGCCACCACAUGUUCGAGAACUUUCUGUUCAGCGCCCCACCAGCGCACCGCGAAGACUACGAGAAGGCCAGGAGGGGGCAGCAAGACUUCGUGAAGCGUCGCUCCGAUUCCCCUGCGGCCCACACCCACGACGUCUCCGAAACGGAAUCUGCAAAGAAGAAGAAAAGCAAGAAG